AAUCAAGAAAUUCAAAAAGAAGGAUCUAAUUCAAUUUCUCUUGCAGAAGUUGAGGAGAGCAAAAUCAUUAAAGCAGAUGUGAAUAUUGAAGUUAAUAUCAAAGCCACCGAAGGAAAUAUGAAUAUCAAAAAUAAUAACAACAAUGUUAAGAAAAUGAUUUCUACUAUAUAUUUACAAUUUACAGAAAAAUAUCGAAGAAUUCCUAAAGAAAAUAAAUGGACCUUGUCAACAGAAAAAGUUGUUAAAGAUGCAUUAUACUCAUUUGGAAUGAAAUACAUAUAUGAACA